AAAAAUCGCCAUUACUAAAGCCGUUUAUCAAGUGAAGUGAUAAAUAAAACCCUUCCCUGAACGUUAAUAAAACCAGCCAACAAACAAAUGGGGAAGAAGAAGAAGAGAGCAGAAUCAGAACCUGAACCUGAUACAGAACCAAACCGCCACCAAACACCAGACGCCGUCAACGGCGACGGUGAUUCCGGUAAGAAAAUAAAGAAGAAAAAGAAGAAGGAAAAACCUAAUGAAAUAGAAGGGAAGGAAAAGCCUACAGUAAGCGUAGCUUUACCUGGUUCAAUCAUCGACAACACUCAAUCUCUCGAGCUAGCUACUCGACUGGCCGGACAAAUUGCGCGUGCCGCCACAAUUUUUCGUAUUGAUGAGAUAGUGGUGUUUGAUAAUGGGAGUAGCUCGGUGAAAGAGGAUCCUACAGUUAACAACUCGGAUGAAAAUGAAAGUGGUGCUGCAUUUCUCAUAAGGAUAUUGCGGUAUCUUGAGACGCCACAGUAUCUAAGAAAAGCUCUCUUUCCUAGGCUUAAUAGCUUGAGAUUUGUGGGUCUAUUGCCUCCACUUGAUGCUCCACACCAUGUGCGUAAGCAUGAGUGGGUUCCAUAUCGCGAAGGUGUCACACUAAAUGAAAAAGCUCCAAACUCUGUAGGAACACUAGUUGAUGUGGGUCUGAGUAAGAAUGUUCUUAUUGAUCAAGUACUUGAACCUGGCAUAAGAGUAACUGUGGCAAUGGGCGCUGAUCGCAAUUUGGAUGCUGAUUUACCACGCCAGGUUGUCUCAUUGUCAAAGCCCAGAGAGGAAGCUGGAAUGUAUUGGGGAUACAGAGUGCGAUAUGCUUCUAGUAUUAGUUCAAUGCUUAAUGAUUCCCCAUACCAGGGUGGCUAUGAUCAUGUAAUUGGUACCUCAGAGCAUGGUCAGAUUAUUAACUCAUCAGAGCUCUCCUUGCCGAGUUUCAGGCAUUUGAUGAUUGCUUUUGGGGGGCUUGCGGGACUGGAAGAGUGUAUUGAAGAAGACAGUAAAUUAAAGGGUACAAAUGUUCGAGAGGUUUUUGAUUCAUACUUGAACACCUGCCCUCAUCAAGGAAGUCGAACAAUUCGAACUGAGGAAGCAAUAUUCAUAUCACUUCAAUAUUUCCAAGAACCGAUAAAUGGAGCCUUGCGAAGAUCUUAAGCAGCGAGCUGAAUAUCCCACUUGGCUAGGAAUGGCGUGUCAUAUGCAGCUUGUGACAUGGCAUUCUGUUGUAUGGACGAGGAGAAAGGGUGACACCUAGAUAUUGGAACAUGUCAACUGUGUGCUACAGUUAUUAGCCACGCAGACAUAUGGAUAUGUUGCUAUUGGUAUAUGGACACUUGGCAUAUAAUACUUGGCCGAAAUGAUCCAUCAUAUGCACGGGCGGAACCAUGACACAAACUCAGAAUGAUCGAAAUUUUUACGUUCGCAUAUUUAAAAAUAUUAAACAAUGGUAAAUGCUGUAACAAAUACUU